AUGGUUCUUUCCCAACCAGCCACGCCGGAGCGUAGCGCCGGGGCUCAGCUUGACCAAGAGUACCCGGAUAGCUUCAACUUCAGAGCUCGCGAACAGCUCCUGAAAAGAGGUCCUCCGGUAACCCUGCACCCAUUUCAUCCCAGCAGCAGUCCAAUCCGCGGUCCAGUUUACGACAAGGACAGAGGACAUCGCCGCAAUAGACGACUGGACAAAGGCACCCAAGACGGCACAAACAACAGGUUUGCACCCCUUUCAGAAGAGGAUGAUGCCACAGAAACGCCUACCCCAGCUUUUGAUCUGGAAGCUAAGGCCGAAGAAAUCAUCAAGACGCAGAAGGAGAGACUCGACAUACGCGCCAAGGUCCUCAGAACCUACGCAGAAGCAAUCACAGCCUGCACGCGAAAAUUCACCUCGGGUUACGGGCUACACAUUGCCAAUGAGUUCCAGAACACCCUUCUCCGACACUGGAACCAGUUUAUACGCACAGAAGAACCGCUCAUACCAGAAGUUAGGAAUACUCCGGCUCCAAACACACUCACAGGGACAAACAAAGCUACGCCGCCAGCGCCGGCCGCCAGAGAAAACACCAGAGCGGACAAGUCGGUGAGCUUCGCCAACGCCGCGAAAAAUGCCUCACGCCAGGCACCAGGGGAUGUGCACGUGCACCCCCACCGCCGCCAAAACAUCACUAUCGCGGAUCGUACCGACCGCAGGGUCCUUCUCCGCCUGAAGAGUGGCUCCUCCUUCUUCGAGAAGGGCCUACAGAUCCGCCUCGCACUGAAGGAUAAGCUUGCUAUUGCAUCCCAGGACAUCCAAGACAUCAAGCCCACAAACACAGGAUGGGCGAUUGUGGCCCGAAACGAGAAAAUCCAGCAGCUCAUCCUUGAGAAACAGAAUGAAUGGGGCCCAUGUAUCGACCUAGAUAUCGCAGAGAAACAAAUCCCAUGGCACACCUACCUAAUUAAGAACUUCCCCAAGACUCUCCACUCAUGGGAUGGCACCCUCCUGGACUUCCAGGUAACUGUCGAAGAAGAGAUCGAAGCUCAAACAGGGCAAAGACCAGAACGCUGGCAUGUCUCGCAAAAGCCGAAUAGUGAGGAUCCGACCAAAGCUACACUUGUAAUCUCCUUCCUGAAGCCGCUGAACAGCAACUUCCGCCUCCUUGGUCAAGGCAGCUACUCCUUCAAACUUACUAAACCAAAGAAACUCUCCCAAUGUACUCACUGUUGGAACUUUCACCCGCCAACCCGCUGCAUAGCCACAAAAGUCUGUGUACGCUGUGGCAUCAAGGACGACGUGCACAGCGCUGACAGCUGUGAUAAUACGCCAAAGUGCGCUAACUGCUUCGGCGCACACAAAGCCAACUACGAAAACUGCUUCGCCCGCCCCCAAAACCUUCGCGGUAGCUUCCAGAAACUCUCAAAGACCCAGCUAAUCUACGCUAGGCAACUAGGACAAGAAGACUUUAAGCGAAAGAACAACACAAAGCAGCCUAACAGUAACCAACUCCCCUUAGCUGAGCAAGAGGGCGGAGAAAACACCUGUUCUCUACAGGAUGCUGAAAUGGGCGGUACGGAACCGACUCAGACCACCCAAGUACCAACCCAGGCAGAAAUAAACCCAGUGACUAUCGUAGAUCACGAAGAAAGAGAAGCGGAGGCAAGUAGAGAGACAGAAGACGUACAGGAUGACGAAGAACAGGCAAAAGAAGACAAAGAAGCAGAGGAGGAAGAUGAAGUCGAGGAAGUUGAGGAUGUAGAGGAAACUGAGGAAGAAGAGAAUGAAGAGCAAGAAGAGAUAGAAGAAACGCUACCUCCACCAGCACAGUCUUACCCAACAGGCACCAACACAACACAGAGCCAACACGCCACUCCCAAACAACACCUCUUUAUCACCGGGAAAGGCAGACUCAAAGCUACCAAGCAGAUUCCUGCGACUAAUACCAGCACACCCAAGAACCCGUACUUCGCUAUCAAGAAACAGUUUCGACCUCAACCCCGAACAGACGACAUCGAACCACCUAGUGAAGCCACCGCCCGAGAACCACCCAGCGAAACAACCUCCCGAGAAAUCAUUGAAACUACGCUGAAAAUAUUCCAAGCAAAUGUGGACAAAGGCGAGGGAGCUCACUGCGCGGCCCUCCAACUUGCAUUUCAGGAGGGCUACAAUAUAGUACUCAUACAGGAACCAAACACAUCUUACAACGCACAGAAAGGCCUCUGCAGAACACAGCACCAUCCUGGCUUCCUCUGCUUCAGCCCUGUCGACAACCUGAAUAUCCAAGCCGAACAACUUCUCCCUGCACGUCACCGAGACCUUCUCUGGAUCCAAGUGAACGGAACCACGAUCCUCAACAUUUACAACAGGCCGGAGGAAGAGACUUCGCUGGAUCUCAUUGAGUCAUGGACCCCUCCAAACCGAUGCGUGGUCGCAGGGGACAUGAACGCCUUCCAUCCGUCAUGGCAGGCAGAUCGGAGGGCAUCGCAGGAUGGUACAAGAAUCUCCAAUUGGACUCAAGAACAUGACCUAACCCUUCUGAACGACCCAGAAACGUCAACCACAAUGCCAAGGCUAAACAAAAGAUCCAGCACAAUUGACCUGGUAUUCUCCAACAUCGCAACUGCUACUGCAACCAUAGAAGAACAUCUCACCACCGGAUCGCUGCAUUACACUGUUGGAACAGAGAUCCCAGACAAUGAAAGCAGCCUCAGGACCCCAGGAAAAGUCCAUGUCAGCCUACCAGAAGAAAUCAAGGCUUUCGCCAAACACGUAGCUAGCGCGGCGUCGUCGCUACCAAGAUGUAUCCGAUCUCGGCAUGAUAUCGAUGAUGCUGCCGGACAACUUCUACAAGUCCUGCAAGACGCUGCAAAGGCUUGCGGCCGGAUAAGUAGAGGGAAAAGAGCUCGACAGAGCCCGUGGUGGAGUAAAGAGUGCAAAGAAGCCCAUGAAAGUCUUCGUGCUGCCCGAUAUACAGCAGAAAGCCGACAUGGAGAGGAUGUUCAACGCGCUAGGAUCUACCUUAAGCGCACCAUCCGCCUUGCGAAGCGAAACUUCUGGCGCACCGUGGUUGCGGAUAUCACCAACCCAGCGGAUGUCUUUCAGAUCACCCGCUGGAUAAAGCCAAGACAGCAGCUACAGCCGCCCCCAAUACAACAUGGAAGCGAAGUUUACACGACGAACCUAGAACGCGCCAAUAUCCUACGCAAGGAGAAGCUCGAAAGACGGGACGCAUCAGAUGAUAUCCCAGAUCCAUGGACACCUACCGUGUCGCCAACCCAACAAAUCCCUUUCUCGGCACAUAUCCCAGUCAGCGAAGCCCAGGAUGCGCUACUCAAAACGGGAAACACCACUCCUGGAAUGGAUGGUAUUACAACGAAAAUGCUCCAAGCAAUCUGGCCGAGCAUCUCACAGGUAACCACACUCCUCUACAACGCAUGCCUCGCCCUGGGAUACCACCCAACUCCCUUCAAAACAGCAGAGGUAGCGAUGAUCCCGAAACUCAAUAAGAGAGAUCUCAGCGAUAUCUCUGCCUGGCGCCCCAUCUCCCUCCUUUCCUGCCUGUCUAAAGGCCUGGAACGAGUAAUCGGUCGGCGCCUCGCCUACCUAGCUGUCAAAUACAAGGUUCUCCAUCCGAACCAGGCUGGAGCACUCCCCAAAAGAAGCGCCACAGACAUUGUCACCGCACUUGUCUAUGAUGUCGAGCGUGCCCUAGGUAAUGGCAAGGUUGCUACUCUCGUCACCAUGGACGUUAAAGGAGCUUUUGAUGCCAUUCUACCCAACAGACUAGUUCUACGACUCCGACAACAAGGAUGGCCGGAUUUCCUGGUUUGGUGGAUCUACCACUUCGUUUCCCAUCGCAAAGCGCUCGUCAGAUUCCAAGAUGCUAAAACAGAACCCGCAGAAUUACCCUGCGGCCUCCCCCAAGGCUCGCCCAUAUCACCGAUACUCUAUCUUCUGGCCACAACGCCUAUCUACUCUCUACCAGGGGCAACGGAGAGGUAUGGCUACGCAGACGAUACAGCAAUGCUCUUCACAGGAGACAGUCUGGAGGAGACCACUGCUAAAGCAAACGCGGCGAUCGCUGCGAUGGAAGCAUGGGGACAGCAGGAGGCUUUUUCCUUCGACCCAGACAAGACAGAGGUCAUGCACUUCUCCAGAAAAAGGAACGGAAGCUCCCCAACCGUCUGUCACCAAGGCCAGGAGGUUAAGGCACAGAAGGCGAUACGUUGGCUGGGAGUCUGGCUCGACCGCAGGCUCACUUUCAGCACGCACAUCGAUAAAUGGUCGCUUAAGGCAAGUAAGGUUGUCUCACAGCUACGGUUCGUUAACAAUACAGCACGCGGAACGUCAGCAGUAGCGGCCAGGAGAGCAGUGUAUGCAGUUGCCCUACCCACACUCUUUUAUGGGCUGGACACAUGGUUCCCUGGCUUCCCUGCUGAGUCAACCCACAGGAAAGCAAGGACGAUCACCAAAACUCAACUCUCGAAAAUCCAAUUAAUCCUGAAUAAGGCCUGCCACGCAGUCCUACCUGUUUGGAAGACCACCCCACGAGUUAUUCUUUGGAAAGAGGCAGCAAUUCCGCCAGCAGAAAUCAUACUAAAGCAGCAUCAAGCGCGCACGGCGCUUCGCUACGCCAUGCUAGACGCAGCACACCCAGUAUCCAGAAGGCUAAGACAAGCACAGCAUGAAGUUGACCAGAGCAACCACCCAGCAAUACAUAGCCGAACUCUGCAGCAGUGA